UGAAGGUCACCGGAUGCUCUUGCACACACUGUGUUGUGUGUCUCAUUCAGUCAGACCUGUUUGAUCCAGCAGGUCAGGACGAAGAGACGCUGACUCAAAGCUCAACUAUGUUGGGUAAGAGAUCGUUGUUGGCGGCUCUGCUCGCUCUGGCUGUCGGAGUUUACCUGCUGCCUUCUCCCAUUGACCCCAAACCACAUGUACUGAAGGGGCCUCCCCCGGCUCUUGAGGGGCCGCUUGCGGUCAACACCCGGCUGCAGAAGGGCCACAGGCUGUUUACUGGGAAACUACACGGACCAGAAUCCUUCACUGCUGAUGAGGAGGGUAACGUGUACACAGGCACAGUGGACGGGAAGCUGUGGAGGAUCGGCCCUGAUGACAGUCUCACCCUCGUCACACAGAUGGGACAGAAUUUACCUGAAUGUGGCAGCAGUACAGACUACGAGCCCGUGUGCGGCCGUCCUCACGGGGUCCGUCUGGAUCGUCACGGUCAGCUGAUAGUCGCUGACUCGUACUUUGGGCUGCACAGCGUCAACCCCAAAACUGGAGAGAAGACUCUGCUGCUGGCUAAUUCACAAGGUGCUGAUGGCGUUCACUUUGCCUUCCUGAACGGGCUGGAGAUUUCCUCCCAAACUGGGAUCAUUUAUUUCACUGACUCCUCCAGUCGCUGGGGACGCAGACACGUCAAACUGGAGGUGAUCGAGCUGAACACCCUCGGUCGUCUUCUCUCCUUCGAUCCAGAGAAGGGAAGUGUGAAGGUCCUGCUGGACUCUCUGUACAUGCCCAACGGCAUCGUGCUGUCGCCUGACGAACACUUCCUGUUGCUGGCUGAGACUAGCAUCGGACGCAUAAUAAGAUAUUGGCUGAAGGGCCCGAAGGCUGGCACCAAGGAGAUCGUCAUGGACAACAUGAUCGGUUACCCCGACAACAUCCGCCUUAGCGACCAUGGAACAUUCCUGGUCGGCAUAACGACGACACGGUUUCGGAAGUUCAUGCCUCCAUUCCUGGACUUGAUCGCCCCGUACCCAGCUGUCAAACGCUUCCUGGCAAAGGUGAUUCCUCUGAGCUGGUACAACGUCCUGCUGCCACGCUACGCUCUGAUCCUGGAGCUGGGAUUGGAUGGCGAGAUUGUGGGAACGCUGCAUGACCCUGAAGGGCGCCUAACAUGGGCCAUCAGCGACGUCUUCCAGCACCGAGGGAGGACCUACCUGGGCAGCACUGACCUGCCAUUUCUACCUGUCCUUGAGGGAUGGGAGAGCUGAUGAUCGACUGAACACAGGAAACUAAAUGUAGGCUUAUUCAUUUUUAUUUUUGGACAGUUUAAACGUCUGAGGACACUUGUGCCGCUUCUGGAUUUUACAUUUUUGAAGUUUUUAGUCGGUGUCCACCUCUGGAGCGACGUGUGAAUGUUGCAUAGAUGAAACCACUUUUGUGGUUUCAGGUCGGUCUUUAUAGCUGAUCCACUAAUGACCUGUGAGGUGAAUGGAGCAACUGUGGUCGUCUAAAGACACUUUCAGAAAGGUUAAACUUCAUGUGGGAACUUGCGUCUGCUCAAACCAAAUGAGGAAAUUAACCAAGUGAUGUUUGUCGGAUAGAAACUGACAACUUUUUUAGCAUUAAAGACAUAAAGAGCUCCAGAAACGAUGAGCUCAAACCACAUCAUCUACCCAAAAUACUGUACAACCUACUGUAUCAUUGCACUUGAUGUCUGCAGACAAGCAGCAGCAGCAGAAGAAACACUGAAUCCAUCAACUUUCCCUUCAACUGGAAUUAAACUGGAAUAAAACUUCAACAGACACUUUAACUUUGCAUUUUUCACCUACUUUCUAGAGUCUAUUAAUAAUUCUGUUCUGUAAGAGACAUGGAAGCUUAAACUGACUCUGAGUGAUUUGUCUCUGUCAGUUUGGACUAAUUAAAUCUCCUCCUGCGGCCUAGACCGUCGAAAUCGACAAACUUUCUCUUGGAGGAAUUUUAAAUUAACCUUGGAAAUUUCAGACUGUGGGAAUAUGUAUUUGUACGUGUACUAUUAAUACCAAACUAUAAAGUUAGGUUUUAAAUUAAUUUUUUUCUAUAAAAAUGACAUUUCAGUGAGAUCCCUGAGUCUUGAUUGUGUUGCAAACGGAGCUGAGAUGAUUGAUUUGUUGGUCCCAGCGUCGCAGUGAGGAUUUUCUGCUUUUCUCUGUUUUAUGAAAUUAUAAACUAAAUCUCUCUGGAAAAAAACAAGACAUUUGAAGAGCUCUCCUUGGACACUGACGGGUAUUUUAAAACAAUUUUCUGACAUUUAAUAGACUAAAUGAUCUAUUAGUUAAUUUAGAAAACAAUAAAAGUUUUUGUGUCAGAACUUAAUCUUUGUAUUUAAUUUGGCUUUCCAUGGGAGAUGUUUUGCUAAUUCCUCAUGUAGACAGCAAGACUAUGUACGACAACAGGUACGUACUAAACUACUGCAUGUUAAAUAAAAACAGGCCUUUUCUCUCAAAAGGUAAUUGUAGUGGAUAAGAUGUAAAGGUAAGGACAUAAAUAAAGCUUUGAGUUUUACACG